AGGAGAUCCAAGAUGUUUAAGAUCAUCGUUCUGGUUGCCUGUCUGGCCGUCGUUGCUUCUGCUCAAUCUUUCGGAGGAGAUCAAGGCCAUGAAGAUCACUACCAUACUUAUCCGAAGUAUAAGUAUGAAUACGGUGUCAAGGAUCAUCACACCAAGGAUCACAAGAGCCAGUGGGAACAACGCGACGGUGACCACGUCAAGGGUCAGUACACGUUGGAUGAAGCCGAUGGCACUCACCGCAUUGUGGACUACACUUCCGAUCACAAGAUCGGCUUCCAGCCACAUGUGCAACGUAAGGGACACGCCCACCACCCACAUGGAGAGAGUUACGCCAACAUCGAACAGCACUAUUGA